AAUCACCGAUUAUAGCAAUCAAUUCAAUGAAUUAGAGGGCAAUCGGUUGAGUGAACUCUUGGAUGCCCUCAAGAUUAUGAUAAGUGAUGAAUGCAUUAAAAUGAAAGACCAAGAAUUGGGAACUGCUUCUCACGACACACUUUAUGGUGAACUUGCGAUCAAGAGUCAAGAAAUUCAAAUCCGAAAUAUCAUUAAAAUGUCUAAACGAUUGAAUGCAUUCAAAUCUCUAUGUGAGCAAGAUAAAGUGAUUUUAAUUAAGUACGCGAGUUUUGAGAUCAUAACCUUACGAAUGGUUUUGAAUUUUAAUUUCCAAGACAUGUAUUGGACCGCAAAUAUAAAUACCGGUAAACAAGAUAUAACGUGCAAGCUAACUGCUAUCAUAUUGUUUAAUCCCAAUCGACCCAACCUUGUCAACAAAAAUACCAUUAAACUGCAGCAAUAUGUUUACUUUCACUUACUUAAACGGUACCUACAAAUGAAAUAUCGCUCGGAAUUACUAUCAAAUGGCAAACUCUUAAGACUUAUAAAGAAUCUA